AUGGUUAUGUCAUUAGAAAGGUUGCCAUUACAAGAAUACACCAAGUCUGCCAUGAACAAUCUGGCAACUUCAGGACCUGUCAUCAUGACUUCGCUUACUGAAGGCAGCUCUUUGAGCAAAAACUCAGUUGGGAUGGGUCUGGGCAUGAAAUUACCUUCAAUCCAUUCUCUAAUCAAUCAAAAGAACAGUUACAAUCCAUUUCAAACAACACUGCACUCGAAAUCAUUCUCAGUCGGAGACCCAAUAAAAGCUAAUAAUAGUAAACCAUUGGGCGUGACUUUGACUUCCACUGACUCUAAUAAGAGAUUAAAUACUUCAAUCUCAGCUUUGCUAACAGACAACAAGAGCCCAGGAAAGGCCAAUAAACCUGAAACUGAAAAAGAGACUAUGAAUCAUCUUGUUCAAGAAGAUACUGUUGAUAAAGCACAUUAUACUGAGUUAUCUAAGAAAUUACAGAUCAGACUACAGUUAGCUUACUACAAGUAUCGAACUAAACAAGAACAUGUUAAAUUUAAUGAGCUUAAGGCAUUACAUAGUUCAAAACCCAAAAAAGCAUCAAAAAAGAAUACAAAGAGGAGGAAGUUAGUAGUUUCUCAUGGAAACUUCAAAACCCCAGCAAAGAGAAAAGAACAUAAACUAUACACUACAAACACUCAUAACCUUCAGGAUGUCUCAACUGACAUAUCCAUGUCGUCAAGCACAUCCUCUUUAAUGUCCAAGAGAGAUUCUUCUCUACAGUUCCACGAUAGCAAUGAUACAACAAACGAUUUUACAACGCCCAUUCGCAACGCCAACAAACGCCAUCUAGGACAAAAACAGGACACACCAAUGAGUGUUAAAGCCGCAAAGUCCCUGAUUUUCCUAUAUUCAAGCAAAGUUUAA